GUAAUAACUCACAGUCUCGUUGCAUUGGUGGCUCCUACAAAUAUGUGGCCAGCAGUACCUCCUACUGACUGCGAUUCGUUCUCGACCCAAAAAUCUCUGAAGUACACGACCAUUCCUUGAAAACCAGACCAAAUCCCACACCCACCGCUCACAGAAAUCCAUACCAAUACCAACACCAGCACCAUGUCUGAACAAUACAAGGGUCAAGAUCUUAUGGACAUUGCCAGAAAGGCCGAGCAGGACCUGAAUUCCGACAAGGCCAAGCACGGCGCCCAAGACGGUGGCUUUGGAGGAAAGACCGUCCACGGAGGAAGUGACAGCACAGUCGAAUCCGGCAUCGAUCAAUCCGUCACCAACAAAUUCCCCGGUAGCACAGCCGAGUACGGCAGCAAAGUCUCUGGAGCAGGCAACAACCGUGAAAUCCCUCCCGAAGAAGGUGGUGACAUCCAAAAGGGAACAGGAAGACCCACAAAGGCCGGUGACUUCGACCAAGGCGAGCCAGGCGAGGGACCAGAACAUAUUGCUGCAAGACGAGCUCAAGAGUAUGGCGGAGAGGAUGAUGUACGGAGUAACAUCAGGAACUAAGCCACGAGACAAAAGCAUACUUUGAUCAUCAUCCCAGCAUUACCUGGAGUAUUGUACAUUCCACGUUCCAUAUGGACAUACCAGCGGAGAAGAUAAAAAUGCCUCAUACCAGACCAUAAUAUGACAAGCUUGAAAACACCCC